AUGCCUACUAAGGAUAAGGAACCGAUGGAGCAAUCUGAAGAAGCAAUAGAAAAGGACCAACAGACAGUUUCAGACAAUCCACAGCUUAAGGCAAAUAUUUUUGGCACUUCACUGACACCUCUAGUCCCGUUUCCUCAAAUGUUACAGACGACCAAAUUGGAGAAGCAAACUAUGAAAUUCCUGGAAGUCCUCAAAAAGUUGCAUGUCAACAUUCCAUUCAUUGACGCUAUCCUUCAAAUCCCAAACUAUUCUAUGUUUUUGAAGGAGAUGUUGACUAAAAAGAGGAAGAUGCCCGAGCAUGAAAUAAUAACACUAUUUAAAGAGUGCAACGCGAUCAUCCAGUACAGAAUCCCUUCCAAACUUAAAGAUCUAGGGGUUGAGGACAUGCUCAUCAAGACAGGAGAAUUUAUUUUUCCGGCAGACUUUAUGAUUCUAGACAUAGAAGAGGCAUCACAAAUUCCAAUAAUACUAGGAAGGCCAUUCCUGUCAACAAGUUGGGCAUUACUUGAUUUUGAUACAAAUGAGAUAGUCCUGAGGGUGGAGGAUAAGCAACAAAGCUUCACUAUGGAGAAUCCAAUUAAGCAACCAUCAUAUUUUGAGGAUUGCCAACGAGUUGAUCACUGA